UUUAGGGUAGAGUGGGGCACGUUCGGACAUGGGGCACCUCCGGACAUUUUAAAUUUACCGCUUUCCAAAACUAAAUACGUUUUCGCAUUUUAACAGGUGGUAAUAGUGGUUCUUUCAUGUUGCGAGCUAAAAUUUUGUGCCGGUACCUAAAGAAAUCUUAAAGUUAUUACCGAAAUAAAUAUAUAGUGACCUCAAGAUGGUUAGAAACUAUGUUAGGAAGCGAAACGAACCCGUGGUUUCCGAAGCAAAAAUUCGAACAGCGGUUCUAGAUGUACUACAAAAUAAAAUUUCCAUACGUAUUGCUAGCACUAAACAUGGGGUGAAAAAAUCAACGCUUCAAGACAGAGUUAAAAAAGCCAGGACUGCCAGGGGACAAAAUGCCUUUUCUGAUUCUGGAAAUGAGAGUAGUGAUGAGGAUUCGUUGCCAAGUAUUGGCUUAUCAAAAUAUGCGACAAGGCAAGUAUUUUCUGUGCCUGAAGAAAAUGAGCUAGAAUCAUAUCUUAAGCAAUCAUCACAAAUUUUAUAUGGUUUGACCUAUCAGGCAACUCGCAAAUUAGCUUAUGAAUAUGCAGUUAAAUUAGGAAAACAUUUUCCUCAACAAUGGAAAACAAAUGAAAUAGCUGGUGUCGAAUGGAUGCGCUCAUUUAUGAAGCGGCAUCCAAGGCUAUCAUUAAGGAAGCCCGAAAACACCAGUGUGGCACGUGCGUCAGCAUUUAACAAAUAUAAUGUUGAAGACUUUUUUAAGAAUUACUCUGAUGUGCAAAUUAAAUACGGGUUUCUUCCUAAUCGUAUUUGGAAUACGGAUGAGACUGGUAUAUCCACAGUAAUUCAGGCUCCCAAAGUAGUUGCAGAAACUGGUAAAAGAGUUGUAGGACAAUGUGUUUCUGGAGAAAGGGGCACAUUAGUUACAUUUUGCGGCAUUAUAUCUGCUACAGGUAACACAAUUCCCCCAAUGUAUAUAUAUCCUCGGGUUCGAAUAAAAAAACAUUUUUUGAAUGGUUCAACUCCUGGUGCCAUAGGGUACGGCUCAAAGUCUGGGUGGAUGACUGCUCAGUUAUUUGUAAGAUUAUUAGGACAUAUCAGCAACCAUACUCAGAGCAGUCCAACGAAUCCCAUACUUUUGUUAAUGGACAACCAUGAGACUCAUGUGUCAGUGGAGGCUAUUAAUUAUUCCAGGGAUCAUGGUAUUGUACUGUUGUCAUUCCCGCCACACUGUACACAUAAGAUGCAGCCUCUUGACAAAGCAGUGUAUGGACCAUUUAAGCAAAAAUGCAAAGUCUCUUUUAAUGAUCAUAUCCUGAACAAUCCAGGAGCACCGAUAACAAUUUAUGACAUCGCUAAGCUGACGUCAGAACCCUAUCUUCAAAGUUUUACACCAAAAAACAUUACAAGCGGAUUUUCAAGCACCGGUUUGUGGCCCAUUAAUAGGCUUAUUUUCUCUGACAGUGACUUCUUUGGAGCCUACGCCACAGACCGGCCUCAACCUGAAAGUACCGGAGAUCUUACGUCACAGCCGAACGACCAUCUUAAUCAACCAUCUACAUCUUUCAAUCAUUCAAUUAACAGUUCCAAUAUUCCGUCCACCUCUUCUGAUCAUCCGCCUUCCGCUUCUGAUCAUCUUACAUCUUUAAAUGAUGUGUCCGUUCAUUGUGUAACCAAUGAAGUUAAAACAACAGCCAUGAUUCGUUCAAUAAUUGAUGAAAUCAUCGAUGUAGUAACAAAACCACCUGUUAAUAUUAUUUCUGUGCAUCCUAUUGUUAAGCCAUCAGAUGUUAAAUCGUUCCCAAAAGCACCGCCACGAAAAACUAACAGGAAAUCUCGUAUAGGAAAAUCUAGAAUUUACACAAGCACCCCAGAGAAAAUUCGAGUUGAAGAAUUAGAAGACAUUAGAAGGCAAAAACUAGACAAGAGUGAAACCAAAAAAAAGUUAGUGAUUCAAACAAGCGUAACAAAAUUGAAAAAAAAAUCCCUAAAAACCAAACUAAAUGUUCAAGAGAAGCAAACUAAAAAGACUUUAAGAAAAGUAACGAAAAGAGCUAACGAAAGUCCCACAUCUUCAGAUUCUGAAUCAGAAUAUUUUAAAGCAAUGAAAAAGAAAAACAGAUUCCUCGAGUCUCCAUCUGACUCGGAUACUGGCAUGGAAUCUGACUGCGAUGAAUUCACUAAACUUCUAGAUGACGAGACAAUUUCAUGUGACGACUUUGUUCUUGUAAGAUUCCCCACAAAAAAAACAGUUGUGUAUUAUGUCGGACAAGUAAUAGAGCUUGCAGAAUACGGCGAGUUUGUUAUAAAAUAUUUGAGGCACUCGCAGAACCGUUUCCAUUUUCCUUUUGUGGAUGAUAUUUCAAAUGUCGCAAGAUGUGACAUAGAGUCAAAACUGCCCAAACCAAAUACAGUUGCUGGGAAUGCUCGCUUGGCUAGUUUUUUAAAAUUUAACGUUAAUUUUAGUUCUUUUAAUUUAAAAUAACCCACUAUUUAACAGAAACUUAUUCAUUUAUGUUAUUAUUAUUGUUUUUUCUUGUUAUUAAUAUUAGGAAUUUAAUUUUGUAGGUUUAAGUGCUAAAUUUCCUAUGUGUUUACAUGUUUAUUUUUGAAGUUCCUUUAGGUUAUAAGUUUUUAUGUUACUAAAUAAUGAUAUUUCAAAGAAAAAAGUGUUUGUGAAGUAUAUGUCCGGAUGUACCCCAUGGGUGUCCAAAACUGCCCCACCAUGGGGCACCUUUGGACAAAUGCAACACAUUUGUAAUUUUAAUUUUUUCAAAAAACGAUGCAGGUUUUAUUGGCAUCUGCUAAAUUAUUGGUUUUAAAACAUAUCAACCAAGCUAUUGCCAUCUCUAAAACAUUUAAUUUGGCAAAAAUAAAAGUAAAAUAUCACCUUAUCCAAAACCGUCCGAACC